UGGUAGAACGAGAUCCCGGGAAGCGCAUGGGCAACUGGGAAAAGCUCGUGCACCCGGUUGUCCGGCGAGCGUACUUCGUCAACAAGGAUACUGGCCAGGCGUCUUGGACGACGCCUACGGAGGUGAAAUUCUUCCUCAACGACAAACUAAGGCAGGACCUCCUGAAGACGACCUUCAGCGAGGAAGAGCUGGCGGGUCUGCAGAAAGCCUUCGCCAAGAUGGACCUCGACGGCAACGGCACCAUAGACGCCGACGAGCUAGGCCUAGUCCUCAAGUCUUUCGGAGAGGCCGUUCCCCCAGGACGUCUCAAAGCUCUUAUCCGCGAGGUACAGAACCCCAUGCUGGUGUGCAGCAGGAACACAGUUCUUUAGGCAUGUUUUGCGCCAGAGGCAAGUACCUCGGAGAUCCUCGACACUGCUUCUUCUCUACUUUCGUCAACUAAUUGAAAGCACUUCCAUCGUCCGAGAAAAAAUUCUCGGCUGGAACAUGCUUCGUACGAACGCUAGGAUGGCCUUCAGUAUGGGUGCAGGCGCGUGGCAGGCUAACUGAAAGAUCGAACCCGUCUCGAGGGCUGUGAAGGGGGACGAGCGUUGAACAUCACACUCGGGAUGAGGUGGUUUACCGUCUUGUCGAAAUCGCACGGGAUGCACCCUAAACCUAUUUUUCCCGCUGCGGUGGUCGACGAUGCGUGUUGCGGCGAACAUGCUGACGCCCAAACUCUUCAUUCAUCAUCUCCCUGUCCGUGUGCGUUGUGUUCAAGGUCGACCAUGACGGCAGCGACUGCGUCGACUUCGAAGAAUUCACCGUGAUGAUGUCCGCGGUUAAGAACGGCAGAGCCAGCCUUGGGUGGGGCAGAAUAAACAGGUGGGAGCUCCUAUAUGUCUCGCUUCCAGCGUCACCCCAUGCGAGAAAUUCUACCAUCACCGGCUUGUGUACCUCCUUAUCGACUCGGUCUGGUUGUCCGGAAUCUCUCGCAUGUUGUUGCUCAGGCCUUUGCAGGGACAGUGAUAUCCACACCUCGACGAGUCAGGACGGAGAGAGGAGAGAGAUUUGGAAGGAACCACCCGAAACAACCAGGAUCCAUAUUCGAAGGUUUUGGACCUUGUCGCCGACGUCCCUACCUUUGCUUGCGACAGGUACCUACAAGGCGACGACGACAGGAAGUUCGACGUUCUCAAGGGCCAGUUGAACACCCUCAAGGCAAGGCAAAAGAAUGGAGUCGCCGGUUCGGGUACGGGUGUUGCCGGCGAUGGUCGUGCAAGCCACGGCAAGUUCUGCCUCUGCGGGAUUUGUACUCAUCGAUAUGGAAUUUGUGGGCUGAUACGGCCUGCGUUAGCCAACUGUCUUCGAACGACCGAACCCAUUCCCAACCCAAACCGUUGCGUUGGGUAGAACGAGGCAAAUCACUUUGUUCCCGGAUGACAUUGUAGGGUAGGUUGACGUGAGUUUGAUCGGUUGAAGAACUGCCUUGCUGAUCUCUGUCUCAGAACAUAUUACUCUGGUGAACGUUUUCAACAUGGUGUGAGAGAAUAACUAUUUUAGUCCUCCUGCCUCUUCCACUUCUUGAAGCCUCCGCCUUUCUACGAUUUCCC